AGAAGAAUGAGUUUCCUAAGAUGUUUCAUGGAACUAUCACAGAAGAGCUAAUCAGUCAUGAAGAAUGGAGUCACUAUAAUCAAAACAUAAUAGAAGAUCAGAAAGAUUUUGUUUUUGUGAAGUUCAAUGGUCUUCAUUUAAAAUCUAUGGAAAAUUUGCAGUCUUGUAUUUCUCUUAGAGUAUGCAUAUUCUCAAACAAUUUUAUUACAGAUAUCAGUGCACUUCAGAGUUGUAUAAAAUUAGUCAAACUUGAUCUCCAUGGAAAUCAGAUAAAGCAUCUGCCAGAUGACAAAUUCUGGAGUAGAUUAAAGAACCUAAAACUUCUUUAUCUCCAUGACAAUGGGUUUGCAAACUUGAAGAAUGUGUGCAUGUUAUCUGCCUGUCCAAGCCUCGUUGCCCUCACUAUGUUUGAUUGCCCAGUAAGCCUUAACAAAGGAUAUAGACAAACUCUUGUCAACAGUAUAUGUAGUCUAAAAGCAUUGGAUCAUCAUGUGAUUUCUGAUGAAGAAAUAAUUCAGAACUGGCAUCUUCCUGAAAGAUUCAAAACAUAUAACCACAGGCUUUUCUUUAAUUUCUGCCCUGCUUUGAAAAAGGGAUCAACCUAUAUGGAUGAAAUUAAUAAUAUCAAAUACAUCAUUUCUAAAAUUAAUAGAAUUAUGGCUCAUAAUUCACCAGUUUUGAUUAUUCAAAGAUGGAUACGUGGUUUCCUAGUUAGAAAAUAUCUCAGCUCCCUGUUUCUGUAUAAAAAACAUCAAGGAAAAUUUAUUAGAAAACGUGAAACAAAAUUGAUUUGCGCAUAUAGAUGUGAAGAUAAGGAUUUUAAGGAUCUGAUUUUUAAGCCUGGAACAAAUAUAACAGGGAAGCUUGCACGAUGGAAACAUAGUAUAUGUUUUCCUGCUGCUUUAGAAUAUUCUAGUAAAUGGAAAAAACAGGUUUUCUCUCCUUCAUAUGAAUUAAAAACAAAAGAUAUUGGCAAAAAACAAAGAGAUCUCAUUCAAAAAGAUAAGGAGUCUGAACAUGACACUGAGGAUGAAGGACUGCAUGCCAGUUUCAGGAUAUCAGUGUUGAAACCACUCAUACAUUCUUCAGGUUCAUUGAAAUAUGCUGCAGUAUUGAAAGAGAAGAAACAAGAUUCUUCUCUUACAUAUGCCAUGCCAUUUCCUACCACUCAUCAAAAACCAGUAAUUAAAAAAAAGCACAUGCCUUUGGAGAAGAAUGCAAGAAGAGAGUUUUUUACAGCACCCAGAACUAGUAUAAAACUCAAAACUCCUUCUGAUAUUGAUAAAUACUACUUAGAACAAAAGAAGCUGGAUAGCCAUAAGAAAAAAGUAAUAGCUGUAGCCAAGGCUCAAGCUGCUGAAGAAAAAGCCAGCUUAAUUGUUCAAGAGACUUUAUACAAGAAAAGGUAUGCUACACGAAAACAAAUGGCAGAAGAUAAGAGAGCAAUUCAGGCUGGUUUAUACCGACUUUGGCAGGACAGAGUCAACUACCUUGAAAAAGUUAGAGAAAGGAGAGCUUUGUUUUUAGAAGAAAAAGAGCAAAAAGCUAAAGAACGUUUAUUAAUUCUACAAUUAAAUAAUGAGCGUACUGUUUUGACCAAAGGAAUAAAUAAAAUUGACAGAUUGAAAAAAAAUGAAACUCUCUUAAAAGAGAAAUGUCUGAUUGUUAAGAAAAAAGUAGAAGCAGAAAAAUAUCAAAAGAAGGUAGUUAAAUACAAUAAGGAAUUUAGGGCUCAAGAAGCAUAUAAAAGACACUGUGAAGAAAAAUUUGUUUUAGAUACACUUGGCUUCCAAAAAGCUUCUGAAAGAUUACAAGAUGCUAAAGCAAGAGUAGCCAUGGUGAAAGCAAAUUUACUCCUAAAAGUUCCCAGUGAAAUGACAGAAUGA